AUGGCGGUCUUCCUGGCCCUCAUCGUUCCUCUGCCGUACACCAUCAAGCGCAAGCUGUUCGCCUUCAUCUCCGAAAGUCCGAUCAUAGCAAAGCUACAGUAUGGCUUGAAGAUUACAUUCAUUUUCAUCCUCAUCCUCUUCCUUGACAGCGUCAAUAGGGUGUAUCGCGUGCAGCAGGAGCUGUCAGCCUUCACCAAGGACGGUUCUUCGCUCGGCGCCGCCCACCUCGGCACCGACCGCAUGGAGGUGCAGGCCCGCAAGUUCUACUCGCAGCGCAACAUGUACCUGUGCGGCUUCACCCUCUUCCUCUCCCUGAUCCUUAACCGCACCUACAUCAUGAUCCUGGAGGUUCUCCGCCUUGAGGACCGCGUGAAGCUGCUGGAGGGCGACAAGAAAGCCGGCGGCAAGGACUCUGCCCGUGUCGCUGAGGCUGGCUCACUUGGUGAGAUUGGUGCUCUGAAGAAGAAGAUCGAGGAAAAGGACCGCGAUAUCGAGACUCUCAAGAAGCAGUGCGAGGGCCUGACCCGGGAGUACCACAAGCUUGGUGACGAGGUCUCCUCUGGCAAGAGUGAUAAGAAGGACAAAAAGGACCUGUAA